GCUUCUAAAAUUUUUCUUAAAAAUGGAUCGCUGGGUGGAUAAAGUGGCAAUAGUGACAGGUGCAAGUUCUGGAAUAGGCCAAUCAAUUGCCAAAAUUUUGAUUAAAAAAGGUGUCAAGGUCGUCGGAUUGGCUAGAAAUUUAGAAAAAAUGAAGGAAAUUGACAAACUUUUCAGAAAAUGCGUUUUUUCCCCAAUUAAAUGUGAUCUUACGAAAGAAGAUGAUAUUUUGAAAGCCUUCGAUUGGACAAAAAUACAACUAGGUGGUGUUGAUAUUCUAAUCAAUUGUGCUGGAGUUCUUUCAAUUGGUCCAAUUAUUGAAAGUUCGACUGAAGACUAUAGGAAAAUUUUGGAUGUAAAUGUAAUUGCAGCAGCUAUUUGUACAAGAGAAGCUGUAAAAAUAAUGAAAGAAAAAAAUGUAGCUGGACAUAUUAUUAACAUUAACAGCACUUUGGGAAAAAAUAUUCCUUCUCCAGAGCUGUUUUAUAAUUUACUUAGUCCCGGUAAGUUUGCCUUAACUGCCAUGACUCAAGUCAUUGAAUCAGAAUUAGAAAACAUUCAAAGCAGCAUAAAAAUUACAAGUAUACAUCCGGGAUUAGUAAAAACUGAAAUGGCACCAAGUAGAGUUUACGAAAAUUCUCCUUACGUUAAUCCUGAAGAUAUUGCAGAUGGUGUAAUUUAUGCAUUGUCAACACCUUCACAUGUCCAAGUUGAAAUUUUUCUAUUUCAAGAUCGAAAUCAUGAUUUUGGUCAAAAUCUUGAUUCAGAUCUAGGCCGAGAUCUUGAUCCAUGUUUAAAUCCCGAUUCUGAUCAAGGUCCAGAACCAGAUCCAGAUCCAGAUCCUGAUCCCGAUCCAGGUCCUAAUACUGAUUCAGAUCCAGAUUGA